GCAUAUGCUGUAGUAGAUACCGGAGUUGAAAUUUCUGGGCACUCAGAGUGUUAGCUUUUAAAUACUCGACCAAUACUCUCUUCUGUCUCUCCAUCCCCAACAAAAUCAUCUCCUCCACUUCUCUCCCUCCUUCAUCACCAAUUAACUCAACAACCAGGUGGUCCCUGGAGGGAGACAAUUACGAAAUUUUAAGAAUGGCAGGACAGCUAGGAGUGCUUAAUGCACUGGAUGUAGCCAAGACGCAAUGGUACCAUUUCACGGCCAUCGUCAUUGCCGGAAUGGGUUUCUUCACCGACGCAUACGAUCUCUUCUGCAUCUCCCUCGUCACCAAACUCCUUGGCCGCAUAUAUUACCACAAGGACGGUGCGCCAAAACCAGGCACCUUACCUCCAAAUGUCUCAGCCGCCGUCACUGGCGUGGCCUUUUGUGGAACUCUAGCCGGCCAGCUCUUCUUCGGCUGGUUAGGUGACAAAAUGGGACGCAAGAAAGUUUAUGGCAUUACCCUUAUUCUCAUGGUUGUAUGCUCUCUUGCUUCCGGACUUUCCUUUGGGAGCUCUGCAAAGGGUGUCAUGGCCACUCUCUGUUUCUUCAGGUUCUGGUUAGGUUUCGGCAUUGGUGGCGACUACCCUCUUUCCGCUACCAUCAUGUCUGAAUAUGCCAACAAGAAGACUCGAGGAGCGUUUAUAUCUGCCGUUUUUGCCAUGCAAGGGUUUGGGAUUUUGGCUGGUGGGAUUGUGGCUCUCAUCGUCUCAGCUUCCUUUGAUCAUGCUUUCAAAGCACCAACCUACGAGCAAGACCCUAUAAAAUCGACUGUGCCUGAAGCUGAUUUUCUCUGGCGUAUAGUUCUCAUGUUUGGUGCUAUCCCUGCGGCUUUGACUUAUUACUGGCGAAUGAAAAUGCCGGAAACUGCCCGUUAUACAGCUCUCGUUGCUAAAAAUGCCAAACAAGCAGCUGCAGAUAUGUCCAAAGUCUUGAAUGUUGAUCUUGAAGCGGAGGAAGAAAAAGUAGCCAAGAUAACUAUAGAUCCAAAAAACUCUUAUGGAUUAUUCACUAGACAAUUCUUGAAGAGACAUGGGCUUCACUUGCUUGGCACCACGUCAACCUGGUUCUUGCUUGACAUUGCAUUUUACAGCCAAAAUCUUUUCCAGAAAGAUAUCUUCACCGGCAUCGGUUGGAUUCCUCCGGCAGCCACCAUGAACGCUGUUCAUGAAGUUUACAAGAUUGCAAAGGCACAAACUCUAAUUGCCCUUUGCAGUACCGUACCCGGAUACUGGUUCACCGUGGCUUUUAUAGAUAUCAUAGGAAGAUUCACGAUUCAAUUGAUGGGUUUCUUCUUCAUGUCAGUUUUCAUGUUUGCCCUGGCUAUACCAUACAAACACUGGACAGAGAAAGAAAAUAGAAUUGGGUUUGUCGCAAUGUACUCGUUGACCUUCUUCUUUGCCAAUUUCGGACCCAAUGCUACCACAUUUGUUGUGCCGGCGGAAAUUUUUCCGGCAAGGAUCCGGUCAACUUGCCACGGGAUAUCGGCGGCCGCCGGGAAGGCUGGGGCCAUUGUGGGUGCGUUUGGUUUCUUGUACGCUGCGCAGAGCAAGGACCCAACAAAGACAGAAGCCGGUUACCCUCCUGGGAUUGGGAUUAAGAACUCCCUCAUCAUGCUGGGUUGUAUCAAUCUGGCCGGCAUGUUAUUUACUCUGUUGGUGCCGGAAUCCAAGGGUAAAUCACUUGAAGAGUUGACUGGUGAGAAUGAAGAAGUCAAUGAGGAGACCCAGAAGGAGGAAGCUCCUAACAGGACAGUUCCUGUUUGACUUUUGACAAACCCUACAUACUGCUCAUUAUCUACUGCUUCUUCUUUCGAGUUUUAAUUGUCACAAAUUCAUCCUCUUCCAAUACUUUGGUGUUAUGUGUUCAUAUAUAUAUAUAUAUAUAAUGUGAGACUAAUUUCUUAUAUAU